UCGGAAUCCAUUUCUAUCCCCAUUUUUUGUCAAAGGAGACGACGGCGCACGACCCAAAGGGUUCAAAGGGAAGGAGAAGAAAUGGUGAGCCGAGAAGCAUUGAUCGCAUACAGAGCUCUGCUCAGGGCUACAAGGAAAUCUUUCGCCGGAGAUACCGAGAUGCUCAAGGCUUCGGCUUCCGAGAUCCGUAAUAAGUUCGAAGAGAACCGCCACGUGGCUUCCGAUUCCGACAUCCCUCGCCUACUCGAAGAAGCGCGUGAGGCCACUCAAUUCAUUUCCACCAUGAUCGUCCAGGCUAAACUCAACGAACGCGGCGGCUACGAGGUGAAAGCAAGUCAGGAACACGCAGGAGCGACUUUGGAGCUUCCGACAGAGGAGAUGCUCCGGAAAAAAUCUGUAUGAGUAAGUCUGCGGUCUCUGAGACCAUAGAACAUUGUUACUGUCUGAAAUUUUAUUUCUUCUCCCUUUGCUUGUUUUGUUUUAAUAGGGAAAGGUGGAACCUUCUUUUGAUUCUCUAUUUUGUUCUCUGUUUACACACUCAUAUUUAAUCAAUAAGGAGCUCCUUACGUUCAUCUUAA